AUGCACCUCACAACUUUCCUCACAGGACUUGUCUCCCUCUUGUCUGUUACCACGGCCAUCCCAAUGGGGAACGAUACCCCAACGCCUACGACCUCCGUGUCCAAGUCUCUCAUCUCGCCCUCGUCCUCGUCCUCGCCCUCGAGCUCCGCCUCUGCCUCAGCUUCGGCUACCCCGUCACCGAACCCAUACGAGGCCUACACAUGCCCCAAGGGCAAGUUCAAGUCCUGCUGCAUGUCUGUUCAGCAGGCGAGCGGGGACAUCGUCAAGGGGCUCAGCGAGGUAGUCCCAGCUGUCAGCGGGCUGCAGGUUAGCUCGGCUCUAUCCUUCAAGUGCAAGAAGAUGGCUGAGAGAGAGGCUCCUAAUACAUGCAACGGGAAAGGGUAUUCCCCCAUGUGUUGCAGUAGCAAAAAUGAUGGUUCCGCCUUCAACGCCUGCAAGCCUUUCGAUCAGGUUAAGAAGAAUUACUAUGCGAAUCAGAUGAAGGAUAUACCGGAGACGCAGGCUGAUAUGAUCAUGGACAUUCUUACUUAG